GCUCUGCGGGCGUGAGGCGGCGGGAUGCGGCGUGGGGGUCGGAGGCAUCGCCUGCUCUUGGGGUCUGUGCUCGUUGUGAUGUCUGCUCAGCGGUCAGAGCUCGUGGGGUUUGUUUCCCUUCCCGUUGCCGUUUCAAACCAUUGACUGUUGCAAAGGGGAUGAAAAAAGCGGUUAUGUCGGGAGGAGAUCUGUACCGUUAUGUCAUUUCAUAAUUGGCCCAGAAUUACAAAUUACGACCUCACUCUGCCCCUGGAUCUGUGCCAACAGGCUCUCGCAUCUAUUAAAGUUUUGUUGUGGGGGUUUUUUUUGGUCAAGAAAUGUGAAUAAUAGCUUUUUUGUGGCAUGGCCCCUACAUGCCGAGUUCCUCCAGCCCAUGUCUGUAAGUGGAGAUGUGAUGUAACCAUUCCAAGUGGCUGGUCUGAUCCGCGCAGCCGGGACAUCACAUCUCGGCCGGUGGCAAUGGGAACGGUGUGCUGCCAAGCAGCAUCCCGCUGCACUGCUCUGCGGGAUCUGCAGCCUCUUUGUUGCUUUAAAAGUUCUGAUUCUGCCCAGCAAAGCUGCUGCUGUCUGUGAGUAACAGACACGUGGAAAAUAGUAACCUUCAAGCUGCGGAUGAUCAGAUAGAUGACAGAGAAGGGCUCUGCUGUUUGGAGAUGCAGCCACCGCGAGAGCCUCAGUUUGUGCUUCCAGUUCCUAAUCACAGAGGACCUGCCCUACCCUGUUAUGUUCUUACAGUUGUACCACACACCAAGAUACCACUUGGAGGAAAUCCUGCUGUCCUGCCAGCUGUGCACGGGUGGCAGCAGGAGGCGGGAGGGACCGGGGCAGGCACUGCCUGGGGUGCAGAAUUGUGCAGAUCCAUUCCCUGCAGCGGGAUGCUUGCUCUCCAAGGGCGCAGUGCUGGGCACAGUGUGUUUCCAAAUGCCACAUACUCUGUCGUUUCGAAGGGUGGGCCCUGCUUCUACAUCCUCCCAUUCUAUGGUGAUGUGCAGGAUUUCUCCUCGCUCCUGUGACAUGUAUUCCCUGACUCCUGGAAAACACUGAUCUGUCGGAGCCUGCCCGGCCGCGUGUAUCAAGCGGAGUAUUACAGUGGUUUAUUGUUCUUUGGAUGCAUCGUUUCACUGGCCUCCUAUGACCUAAAAAGCACACAGAAGUAAACAAGGGCAUAUUGUUCAGUGAGAAGGAUGCAGAAAAUUCUUCUGUCUUAGCCGUCUAGUUAGGGAAAGGUUACUUUUAAGUGUUUCUUCUGAUUGCCAGAGAAAUGACACGGCGCACGUGGACUUGGGCUUUGCCAAGCAGACUUUGUUUGGAAGAUGAUGUGUUUCUGAACUUCUCCGACACCUUGGAACUAGUUAUGAGUGCAGCAAAGUCCUGCCCAAAUCUUCUCUUCUAAUUAAUUUGGCUGGAGGCCAUCCUAAUUAACCUUGAGGGAGUUCAGGGGUGGAAGAGCUUGCUAUGAAACAAUUGUUCUCCUGUAAUUUGCUUUUCACAAUGUGUUGACCCAACCGAGAGCUGCAUCCAUGAAAUCCUUUGGGUCUCUUGCUGAAGCCAUUACACCCGUUUAUUUAUUUUUUAACAGAUGUUGUUUUCCAGCGCCUGAGUGGAAAGGGUUAUCUCACUUUCUGCAACCUUGCUAUUGUGCUUUGUUCCAAGAGCCAGGGGACUAGAGCUGGCCGGGGAAGCUUACUCACCGGUUCCAGCUGCAGAGGAAGGAGCUGGUCAGCCUUCCAGCAGUCUUGAUGCCAUUGUUAAGGUCUCCAUGUGAACUGACGGCAUCUUUUCACAUCUAUGCAGUGAUAACCAGCCAUUCCUUUGGCACUGUGCUGCUGCAGAGAACAAACAUUAGCAGUAGCCUCUUUGUUGGCCGAGUGUAUUGCAGUUGACAAUGACUUGGGCCAUCCCAAACGGUGGAGCAAGAGAAGACUGUUUGGAAUUUGGGCUAGUCUAACAAGGUUGGAGAUGGAGUUCUGCUUUUUGAAAGUGCCCAAGUGCAGGGUGAAGGGGGGAAAUUUAACAGCCAUUUCAGAACUUUUAGGAUAAUUCCUCUUCAUGCUGUUUGUUGGUCCUUGGGGCUCAUCCGUGCCAUGCCUUUCCCCCAUAUGUGUGUAUCCUACUACUGCAGGGGAGGUGAGCAUGGGCUUCUUCAUUGUCUGUUUUUUUCUACGCUUUGCUUGCAAACACCACUUUGUCAUUUAUUUUCUAGUAGUGCAAGGGGUCGAGGGGAAAUCCUGCUGAGACUCCAAGGCAGGACACACAGAUGCAGGAGGGGAAGAUCAAAGACGUAUAUAAUACAGGAAGAAGCAGAGGGUCAAUCCAGAGGAGAGGGCACUCGAUUACACAUACAAGGGUAAUAUAAAAGGGAUAACAACACAGAAGAGGGUGGUGAUGUCUGAAAGUGGAUAAACAAACAGAUGCAUUUAUUUACCCCACAGACAUAGCCCUUAUCUCUUUGAAAGAGGAGAAGGCUGUUCCUGGCUUGGAGCACUCUGCUCUGUCUGGAGUGGGAGAAAGUGUUUGUUUGGGGAUCUCCUCCAUGAGCCCUGGCUGAUGGGCUAGCCCGUCCUGCUGUGAUGAGUAGGAUGUGAUGUGUGCGAUCCUUUUGAUCACAGAUCCCAGGCUCUAGAAGUCAUGCCACUGUCACCUCAAAGAAACUUGGCUGUGUGAUGGAUCUCUUACUAAAAAUUUAUUCUUCAAAAGAUUUAAUAUUGUUCUUGAGACCCUUUUGUUGUGGCUUGUACAAAUGAGAGCUUUCCUUAAAAAAAAAAACAACAUUAAAACAAAAAAACAAACACAAAACUCCUGCUGUCCUAGCGUGGGAGUAGCUCAUUAACACUUUGUGCAUCAGUAUUUGAGGUGAGAUGGUUAGCCCUUAACAUCGUGAUUCUUAGGUGUGAACAACAAAUGGAAUUUCAUUUGCUUUGUUCCACUGGAGCCCUGAUGGAUCACUCCAUACAGAAGUGUCAUAACAGCAGGGAAACAUUCAUCCGAGUUCUGAAAAACACCAUCUUCUAUAGUUCUUUUCGGGGAGGGAAAGAGUUGGCUUAUUAUGUUUUGUUUAAUAAAUGUACUAUUCGUUCUCCUCUUGUGACAAACAAAAGCUGUCAUUUGAGGAAAUGCACCAUAUGCUGCCAAUUGGUCUAAGAAGUCGUUAUAUCUGUGGGACAGAAUAACUGCGAGUGCUCUUUAACUAUUUCUCCUUUGCUGAAAAAAGCCUGGAUCGAUGACAGAGCAGCACAUUACUGCACUGACAUCGGUGGAAGCAAGCUGUUGGUGUUUCAAAAAGCUGGCUGGAUGAGGAGUGGUGUCUGUCCCUGCAUGGAUGUUUCCUCUCUCUGCUGAUGCAUUUAUUUCUCUUUGGAUGUUUAGGAGCCUCAACCAAUGAAUGCUCAGUCGGUGCUGGGUUGGGCUGCAGCAAAUUUAAAAAUCAACACUAUUUCAGAUACAAACUCCUGCCUAUGCAUCAUUGUGUGAACCGAAUACUCAGACACCCACAUUACUUUAGCAAAAAAUAAAUCUUGCUCGGUACCAUUUUUUCUUGGCAAAUCUGGGAAGGCGAGCCCUUAACUCUGCCCAUGGCACAGCAGAGGGGCACUGAGCCUGGCAGGCAGCACUCCCUCCGUGCCCUCCCACAGCCGAGGAGGCUCCUUCUGCUCUCCCUCCUGCCCCCAAGGGUUUGCUGAUGCAUCUGUGCCAGCGAGAUAAAAGACAAGAGUAAGUACCUGCUCACAGUUAGAUAAGCUCUUUCUUUAACACUCACUCCUCUCCUCCUCCGUGCUUCCUAAUUUUAUUGGAGACACGUUGGGUCACUCAUUUGUUCAUUCAUGGGUUCAUCUGGCACAGUUCCUCGGUGAUUUCAGUCAGGACUUCUUGCUCAAGGAAUGUAGAGAGGAUGUGAGCUGUAAUUUUCCCUGUCUGAAUCUCUGCAUUUAGAGGAAAAAAUGUGAACCCUGCUGCCCACAGAUAAUGAGGGUGAAACACAAAAUUCACAGAUUUCCUUUUCAUUUCUGUGAGAUGAAUGAAACAUGCUGCCCUGGGAAGAGAUGUGAAGCCAACAUAACAUUGAAUUAUCUGCCAGCAAUACUUUGGCACAUCUUCAUGUGUAGCCCGCAGGGAUGAUGAUGCAUUUAGCACCAGUGGACUGGAAGCCCUCAGUAUGGUGUUGGCUGUAGUGGGAACUGUCUUGGAGCUCUGUCUGGGGCAGCAUAGGCAUCGGUGGCGUGUUAUGAUGGAGUGCUUGUUUAACUUUCCACAGUCAUGUUGAAGGGGAAAGCUGCAUUGUAAUUCAGGUAAGGUGAUUAUCAAUAAGACUGGAAAUCUUGUACAGAAGGCCUUUCAUUUUCUUUGAAAUGAGUUAUUUCCAAUGAGAAAGCCAAACUGCUAUACAACACCUCGUGUAUGACAUGUGUAGCGCUGGGAAGUUGUUUCUGACCCCACUUCUUGUGCAGCUGGGCAUUCUGCAGAGGACUUGGCCUCCCAGAGAUCUGGUGGCCCUCACCUGCAUGCAGCUCUUUGUGGAGGUACCAUGGUGUUGGUCCUACAGGUGUACAAAGCCAGGGAGCUGGGCCCAUAGGAGAGAAUGGAGGCCAACAAACUACAGCUGGGGAAUCAAGUAGGAAAUAGGUGAUAUUUGAAUUCCAGUCAAAUACUCAGAAAUUACAGAUGUGGGGCUUUUUAACAAAGCAGUACCUUUGGGACUGGGGGGAGGUGGAGUAAUGUUAAACUGUUCAGUUUCUGUCCAAAAUCUCUUCUUUCUAGGUUAGGAUCUGUUUUAUUUGCACUGUUCCUGACAGAUGUCCAUUUAGCUUGUUCUUGAAAAGCUACGUCGGUGGAGAUUUGUAGUUUCCCAGGUGAUGGGUCUUGCUGGAAAGAGCUUUCUGAUGGCACAGCUGUGAGUGAAACCAGCACAAUAUGUUCAGUGUGGAGGACCUCCUGAUUUCUCAUGGAUACAAAUUGUCUAAAAAUCCCCCUGCUUCAUAUGAAAACAGAUAUGAUGGAUACCGGCACGAAGCUGCAGGGAACAGAUCUGCUCAGAGGACACUGAAUGGCUUCGAAGCAGACCCAAGAGCUACUUACUGCAAGAAGCCUCUGACGAAAACCAACUCGAGCAGUACUGAAAGCAGCCAUGGGAGCCAAGGGAGACAAGCGGGUCCUGGUUACCACCAUGACCUUCAGGGUUUGUCCACUUUUCAUACUUCAGAAGGGGGGGUUUAUGAUAGGCCUCAGCUAGCAUGGUCUUCCCAGCCCAAGACUGAUAAAGAUCUGGCCUACUGGAGGAGGCGAGGGCAGGACUUCAGCGUGCUGCUGGGCUACUCCCAGAGAGGAGGUGCAGAAAUGCAAGGUCUGGCCGCGACCCAUGGGGCACCCAGGCAUCCCAAGGAUGCCCAGCUGAAAGUCGGGCUGAGCACGGAGUACAUCAGAAGAAGCGGCUUGCCCGAGAGCUGUGAGGGGCCUGGUGACUGCAAAUGGCAGAACAUGAGAACAGAAAGCUGGAACCAGCCAAAAAAGGUAGGAAGGCAGAUGUCAGACGGUGACAGGGAGAAACUGCUCCAAGAGCUGUAUACGCUGACUCUGGGAGACGAUGUCCUGGGCUCCCACAACAAAGGGAAGUCUCAGUCCUUGCCAAGAGUCCUUUUGCCGGAGAGCAUGAGGUGUGUGGAAAUGCCCUCCCUGACCAACAGCAACAACUCCCUCAGCGUAAGUAAAGCCCCCUCCUAUCCCUCACACAGACUGACUGUGGAAUCUGCCAAGCACCAUGAAACGGGAGGCCAUUUCCUUCCCCUGGUGAAGCCCAAGUAUGGGAGACCUCUGAAGCCUCCAUCCUAUGAACUGCAGCGACAGAGCAGGGCACCUGCUGAAACUGGUGGUUUUCAGGACCACUACCAGAAAGAUGAACCCAUUUCCUAUUUAGCCAAAGCAAAUGAGCCGAGGCAAGAUGCUUGUAUUCAAGACCCUGGUUUGGAGCCCCCGGUCUAUGUACCUCCUCCAUCUUACAAAUCCCCACCUCACCAUACCGUGAGCCCACAUCCCCUCAGUGAAGUGCCUAACAACGCCGUGUAUGCCAGCAGUGAUCAGCAGGACACUGCAGAGCGGGCUGUCGCCUGCCAACGACCAGCUGAAAAUGAAAUGGGGGCUCCACCUUGCAAAGACAACCAUCUUCCUCCUGGGAAGCAAAGCCAUUCGAGGCGCCCCGCUGACUACCUGCGUUCUGUUCAGUAUAUUCCCUUUGAUGAUCCUCGGAUACGGCAUAUUAAAAUUGCACCACCGGAAGGUCUGCAGGACAACAUUAAAUACAUUGAAAAUACACAUAGUCCCAGUUCCGGUACUUUGCAAGAGAGAGAUCUUGAAGUACAGUACAACAGUGCCUUUUUGGAUGCAUCACACUUGUCCGGUUCUGUAAAGGGAGAAAGAUCUUCUGGCAGCUCCACCCACAGCAGCAGAUGGUUGGCACCAUCCGUCCGAGAUCAGGAAAAUUGUGCCUUGCUGGACCAAAGAGACAGUUGUAGCACAACUAAUCACAGCCCCUGUAACGAAGCCAGCACAGAGUACACAAAAGGCAAACUUUUUGUAAGAAACUCACAUAUGGACAGCACCUGUGAGACCGUUACAAAAGUGAAAAAGUUUGAACCUGGAACUGGGAUGCAGAGCAAAAAGAGUUCAAAGAAAAAAAUGAAUGAAACUAUAUUUUGUUUGGUCUCUAUCCCAGUUAAAUCAGAAUCAAAUCUGCCAGAUACAGAUAGGAACAACAACAUAACCCAGAGCCCUGAUAAGAACGGGUUUGAUAACAAUGGGGCUUUGCAAGAACAAAGUCUCUUAAGUAUGUCUUCGACUGACUUGGAGUUACAAGCUCUUACAGGAAGCAUGACCAAUAAAAAUGAGUUACAAAAACAAGAGCUGUGGAGACCAGAAGAGUUCAAACAAAUGAAUGACCUCAGAUUUAUUCAGCCUGCAAAACACAGAGAGCUCAAAUACUCUGGCUCCUGGCCAGGUGAUCAGUACAAAGACCAGCAGACACAGACCAGUUUCUCUGAAGAACCUAAAAACCCACAGAUUUUCCAUGGUACAAAGCCUGGGCAGCCCAACAGCAACAAAUCGCUGUCUCCAAAGCAACUAGGAUGUACGGCAUCCAUAGCAGGGUCAAAACAGUCAGGGUCACCUUCUGAUGACAGAGGCUGCAGACAGGGUGCUUACGGCAUGAAGGGACAGAUGUACCUCAGCCAGUCCAGCAACAGCGCGUUUUCAAGAACUGCCACCUCCGUCCCACAGGCCUCCUCGCCAAAGGGCCACCAAAACCAGCCCCUGCCUGCCCAGGAGUGGGAAGCUGGCCUUCUUCCCAAGGCCGAUGUGGUUAAGGGAGAAGCAGGAGCUCCUUGCAACAGCAAAGAGCUGUUUGGGCAGUUCCUUCUGAAGCCUGUCAGUCGCCGACCCUGGGAUGCAAUAAGCGAGCUAGAAAGUUUUAACAAGGAGUUGCAAGGGCAGGAAGAGAGCACGAGCAGUGAGGAAGACUUGGAAAGUGCAGCAGCUUCUCCACAGCCACAUGUCCUUCCACAGAGAAGGUCACCUAGAAAUGGGAACCAAGAACCAAAAUGUGGUGGGAAGUUGGAAACGGUUGUGCCAGAGGUGCCUGUAUUUAAGUCAGGAAGAGUUAAAAGUAAGUCUGAAAGUUGGAGCACAGGGACAGAGCAUGGUGCUGAGAUGGGCUGCGUUGGCUCCCAGUGCUCUUCGCAGCCAGGAGGGAGCAAUGAAGGAGUCAGGCCAGCAGAUGGAAGUCUGAUAACGGAAACGAGGAUGGGGGAAGCCAAGAAUAGAGCAAACAGCCAGCCAGUUCGUGCGGGACCUAUCAAGAGAUUCUUGUCCAGUAGCCCAAGCAGUUCCUAUCAUGGUAAUCCUUUCAAUAAUCCUGUCUUACAGGAGAUGAGUGAAGACCAAGACUAUUUAGACUUUGUUAAACUGAGCAAAGGUGCAGCUCCCCAAAAUGAUAUGAAGUUUGAGAGAGGCUCCGUAGUGCGCUUGUCCUUAACUAAGAGGAACCAAGGGUGCUCGGAGCCGGAUUUGAGGGCAGUGGGACUUGAUACAGCCACAGGACCUGGUGCUAGUAAUUCUGAUCACUCUUCAAAUGCAAAUUCAGUGGAAAUCCCUGUGAAUGAGUCCUUGCAGGCAAGAGCUGCAAGAAUUUUAGGCAUAGAAAUAGCAGUGGAGUCUCUCCUUCCAGAUGACCAUGUUGGACCCCAGCCAGGCACAAGGCCUGCUAGUGAUGCCCACGACUUUGGGUCAUCAGCAGAGAGCACUGUAAGUGGCAAAGAAGGAAAAAAAGACAGUUCUUAUGAAGGCAGACGUAAGUGUGGCUGGACAGAGAGUGCUCUCUUUGUUGGAGAGAGGGACCGAUCGUUAUAUCCUGAUGAAUGCCAGACCACUCACCAGAACAGCAGCACUAAAACACUGGUGAAGGAGCAAGCGUUUGAACAACAUGUGAGUCCCAGCCAAGGUGGGGACCAAAACUUGGUGUCUAAAUCAACUGUGUGUCAGCACUCAGAAAAGAGAGUGAGGAGCACCUCAAAAGUGAUAGAGACACUACAAGGCAAGCUCACGUCUCCACCAAGCCGGACUGCCAUGGAUCGCUUAGUGCGAAUGAAAGAAGUUGACUCUGUGUCCCGGAUGAGACGUCUGAGCAUUAAAAGUGCAGACUCAGGAGAGGAGGUGGACGAGGAGAAGCUGUCAAAGGUACAUGAGGAGAGAGGAAGCAAACUGGCAACCUCAGGGGCUGUCUCCAAGCGUGUUAUCUCUCUCAGUGAAAAUGGAUAUUUAGGUGGAAUGGACAAGAAGAAAAUCAACAGAGAUUUUUCCUUAGACGCAUAUGACCCCACCAAGGUUGAAAAGGUGUGAGAUGAACAGAGAAGAGAAUAAAGAUUCCUGCUCUACUAAGAAUGUUUCACUGAUUUUUUUUUGCUGGGUGCUUUUUGUUUAUUUUUGUUCUUUGAUGCUUGGAAAUUGCCUCCAUUUGUGGUGUUCAUGGUGUACUGAUAAUGCCUUUACCACUGCCACUAGGAAUUAGCUAUUCAUAUCUGAAACUGUUGCGGAGACCGCAGAAAAAUCUGACUUCUACAUUGGAACCAUCUGGCUUUGUAGCAUUAAGACUUAAUGCCUACAGUUGGCAACAAGUUUUUAUCUGAACAGUAUUUCAGUCUUCAGCUGGGAUGAUGAAAUGCAUGAAGUGAGGCUUUUGAGCUUUCUCUUUGGUGUAGAUGUAAACGUGGGAGAUUAGUGAAACGAUUUUUAAAAGAAUGUGAAUUUAUAAGCUAAACUUCUAAGUCUCUACAGUCUAAACAUUGUUUAACUUAAGGGAUUUUUGUCCAUAAGCAGAAAGUGCUGCUGCACAAAGUGGGGGAAGGAAUGCGAGACAAUGGUAGCAAAGACUGAUUGUGAAAUUAUUUCUGACUUCCAGAGUCUGAAUUUCCUUGGAUUAAAUACUUUCUUGCCACCUAGAGAGAAGAAAAGCAAAAAUCCCAAAGCUUCUAAACGACGAAGACUUUUGUAGUACAUUGUACAGAACGUGUAAUUAUAGUAGCUGGCAACUAGUGUUCCAGACCAAUGCAAAGUAUACCACUGGCUGUUUUGCACUCGGUAUUACCUAUUCUUGUUUUGCUGUUUAGAAAUUCUUUAUAUGAAAGAAUAGUAGCUGGUUUAAAAUAGCCCAUUUUAACAAAAUAACUAUAUUUCUUGUUACAGAAUACUAUCUAUUUUUCUACGAUGUAAACAAUUGCUAACAAGUGGCAAGUAUAAAGAAGUAUUAUUAUUAUUAUUAUAUUUUAAGAAGACUUAUCCCUCUGAGUGAAGGUGACUCAAGAAGAUUUUACUUGUAUAUCUUAAUGCAUAUUCCAUAUUGCCCCAUAUUCAGUAGCGCCCUUAUUUUCUGAAAAGAGCCAUCUAUGUACGUAUGUAUGUAGUACAGAGUUAAUUUCUAUUUUUUGGCACUCAAGCCUUGGAUCGUUCUUCUUGGAGCAACUUUCUGAAACACAGCUGAGAACCGUCUGGGCUGGUGCUGCUGCCAUAACAUUCCAGUGACUGUGAUGACCAAAAAAGUGGGUUUGGAUCUUUGUCCCGGUGUCUUGGAGUGGCUCGGAGGAAAUACCUGUUUCUUUCUUUCACUUAACUUCCUUUUACACGUCGUGGUAUUGGAUUAGGCCAGUGUAUUAAAAGAAAUAAACCUGGGUUAAAUUCCUCCCUGCAGCUAACUGAUGGUGCUGGGGAGGAGUUCAGACAUCUUCUUCAAGGCAUUUACAUACAUGUCUUUAAGUGUAUUUUAUCUGCACACACAAAUGCAUGAACUACAAAGUAUAUAAUAAAGCCUAUGCAUUCUGCUUUUUGAUACUGAAUUAGCCUGCGUAGAAUCUGUGAUUUUAAAGCCUUUACGUUCGCUCCUGUGCGUUGUUUUAUUUUUUUUUUGUAAGUACCUGUUUGCUAACAUUCUUCAGAUAACUUGUACAUCACCGGUCUAUUUUACCGUCUUCUUUUUUGUUGUUUUUUUGUAGCAUAAUUUUAUUUUCUAAAAUAUAAUGUCUUGAAAUAUUUUUUCCUAAGAAGUCUGUAAUUUGGAAAGAAUGACAGGGAGAAACACUCAUCCUGUGCUUUGACAGAAUGAAUUUCUUGUCUGUAACACAUGAUUCUGUUACAUAUGGACUAUUUAAAGCUUGUUUGAAAAGAAAAUGUGGUGUAUAAUUUAUUUUAUUCACUCUUGUGCAUGCUGCCUAGCAAUACUUGCUGACAAACUUUUUCCAGCAUUUUUACUAUAUUCACCUUUUAAAAUUAUCACCAGUACCCCUCUAGAAUGUCUGGGGGCCAGGACAUGGUUACAAAACAUCUUUCACCCCACUCUCUGUCCAUGAAGAGCUACUUCCAAAAAAGAACUGCUUCGACUCUCAUCGUCCCGCCUUACUGAAGAGUUGAGGGGCCUGGCAAGAACUUGUAGAUUUUAAUUUACCUUUGGUUUCUGGAGAACUGUAAACUGUCACAUAUCACUGUUCCUGCUACCUUCAGUUUCAUGUCUGUGUGGAAAAAGAGUUUUUCGUGUAUUUUUUUCCUUCUGAUGGGGAGGGGCUGAUUGAUUUGCAACACAUCUGUUUCAUUGCUCACGCCAAGUAAUUACUUUUCCAACACGUGUAACCAGCAAAGAUCUUAAAAAAAAAGAAAACAAAAUUAUAAAAGAUAGGAAGAAGCAAUAAUGAAAAAGUGCUUUUAGUGGACAAGACUGAGAAAUAAAAACCUAAAAAGUUAUUAAGCUUUAUUUUGCAGAAAUGUGACUGUCCGAUGGUUGAAAGGCUGCAGUUAGUUCUACUUUAAAAAUGGUGUUUUAGUCUAACUGCCCUGUCUAUUUCAUACUAUUGAGCAUACCAAUAAGAAGAACAUGGAAUACAGCUUUAU